AGCAGCGAGGGGGCGACGAGAGGAAGCUGCAAUAAACACACAGGGCGUCUGCGCCUAUCUAAGUAGGACAAUAAAGUGCAAACGGCAUCAAUGCUUUCAUAAUGGAUCUAUCAGAUAUGCUUCUCCUCAAAGUUGUCCUCUUCGCCUACUUGCUAAACUACACUCAAGGACACUAUCGGAAUCCUCUCAACAAGUACAUCCGGCACUAUGAAGGCCUUUCCUAUGACGCAGAGCUUGUUCACAGCAAGCAUCAGAGGGUCAGAAGGGCACUCUCUAAUGAAGACCAGUUUCUUCAUUUAGACUUUCAUGCGCAUGGAAGGCAUUUUAAUUUACGCAUGAAGAGAGAUACAACCUUGUUCAGCCCUGAUUUGAAGGUGGAUGUUUCAGGAGUAGAAUCAACCUAUGAUACCUCUCACAUCUACACUGGAGAAAUCUACGGUGAGAAAGGUACCCUGGCUCAUGGCUCCAUCGUAGAUGGUAAAUUUGAGGGCUUCAUUCAGAGUUACCACGGCAACUACUACGUGGAGCCUGUAGAGAGAUACCUGGAGGGCAAAGACGUGCCUUUCCACUCAGUCAUGUACCAUGAAGAGGACAUACAUUAUCCACACAAGUAUGGCCCAGAGGGAGGCUGUGCUGAUCGCACGGUGUUUGAGAGGAUGAAGAAAUAUCAAGCCUCCGCUCUAGAGGAGCCGUCCAAGGCACUCCAGACUGACCUUAAUGACUCGGUGAUGCUGAGGAAGAGGAGGAUGGCCCAGGCUGAGAAAAACACUUGCCAGCUCUUCAUCCAGACUGAUCACCUCUUCUACAAGCGCUAUAAGACCAGAGAGGCUGUCAUUGCUCAGAUCUCCAGUCAUGUUAAAGCCAUUAACGCUAUCUAUCAAGGCACAGACUUUUUAGGGAUUCGCAAUAUCAGCUUCAUGGUGAAAAGAAUCAGGAUCAACACCACCAGUGACGAGCGGGACAAGUCCAACCCUUUUCGUUUUGGCAACAUCGGGGUGGAGAAGUUCCUAGAGCUGAACUCUGAGCAGAACCAUGACGACUACUGCUUGGCAUAUGUUUUCACAGACAGAGACUUUGACGAUGGUGUGCUGGGUUUGGCCUGGGUGGGAGCCCCCUCAGGGAGCUCUGGAGGGAUCUGUGAAAAAAGCAAGCUGUACUCUGAUGGGAAAAAGAAGUCUCUGAACACGGGAAUAAUCACUGUACAGAACUAUGCCUCCCAUGUACCUCCCAAAGUCUCCCACAUCACCUUUGCGCAUGAAGUAGGACACAACUUUGGCUCCCCGCAUGAUUCUGGAUCUGAGUGUACCCCAGGAGAGUCCAAGAGCCAGGACAAAAAAGAGAAGGGCAAUUACAUCAUGUAUGCGAGAGCUACAUCGGGUGACAAGCUAAACAACAACAAGUUCUCCAUUUGUAGCGUACGCAACAUCAGCCAGGUGUUGGAGAAAAAGAGAAGCAACUGUUUUGUUGAAUCUGGCCAGCCCAUCUGUGGAAAUGGCCUUGUGGAGCCAGGAGAGGAGUGCGACUGUGGCUACAGUGAUCAGUGUCGGGACCAGUGCUGCUAUGACGCCAACCAGCCUGAUAACAAGAAGUGCAAAUUAAAACCCAACAAAGUCUGCAGUCCCAGCCAGGGACCCUGUUGUACUGCUGAGUGCACCUACAAAGGUCGCAAUGAAAAAUGCAGGGAUGAGUCUGAGUGCGCAGAACAGGGCAUGUGUAAUGGAGUGAGCCCCCAGUGCCCGUCGUCCGAACCCAAGGCCAACUUCACUGCCUGUCAUGGCGAGACUCAAGUGUGCCUCAAUGGAGGCUGCUCAGGCUCCAUCUGUGAGAAAUACGGACUUGAAGCAUGCACAUGCGCCAGCCAAGAGGGUAAAGACGAGACAGAGCUUUGCCACGUGUGCUGCAUGGAGAAGAUGAACCCCAACACAUGCAGCAGUACUGGGUCGGCGCGUCUGGCUGGAUUCUUCCAUAAGAAAGUGACCACCCUGCCAGCUGGCUCGCCUUGCAAUGACUUCAAAGGUUACUGCGAUGUGUUCAUGAAGUGUCGUCUGGUGGAUGCAGACGGACCUCUCGCUCGCCUCAAGAAGGCCAUCUUCAACCCAGAGCUCUAUGAGAACAUUGCGGAGUGGAUUGUGGCCCACUGGUGGGCAGUGUUACUGAUGGGCAUUGCUCUCAUCAUGCUGAUGGCCGGCUUCAUUAAGAUCUGUAGCGUGCAUACACCCAGCAGUAACCCCAAACUCCCUCCCCCUAAGCCACUUCCAGGUACUUUGAAGAGGCGGCGAGCGCAGCAGCACGCAAACUCCCAGGUGCAGCACCAGUCUCAGCACGGCGCUCAUGGCGGUCAGCGACAAGCGCAGAGGCAGCCUCUGAGGCAGGCACAGCACCAGCGGCACCACCGUCAGCAAAGAGAGAACUAUCAGAUGGGCCAGAUGAGACGCUGAGACCACCACAAACCUCCACCCCCGCCAACCACCCUCCUCCCCCCCCAAUGCCUUGGCUCCUCCUUGUGCCUACAGUGGGAUAACUAAAGCGUCACUCCAUCCAAAGAAAAGCCAGACAUGGUUGUUAGUCACCAAUGUAUUUUCCAUCUUGACAGACACACGAAGAAGAGAACACCCAGCAGCUUCCUUCUGGCUCUUUGGAGAGUGGACCGUCAGCCAUUUGAAAUGCCGCGCAAUCUCGCUUCUUUUUCCAUCUUCAUUUGAUUUAGUUUGACUUCAAAGGAGUGCCAAGGAGUAAAGGAAUCAUCUGUAGCUUUAGUACACUUUGUGAUGUGUUUUGGUUCUAUUGCGACGUCGUCUUCAGUGACACGCCUGUGGCUGCCGUGCUUUGUCCGUGCUUUUCUCGCGCAAUUCUAGCCCCAAAUGACAGAGAGAGCGAGCGAGACAGACACUCGGCGGGGAUUGGCGGCACCUUUUGUGAUUUCCACAUGUACAAACAGCAAAAGACACAUGCUGCUGCCGUCUCUGUUGUGCAGACAGUCUCCUGCAUGUGACUGUACAUAUUUAGUGUAUCAUAAGUGAAAACGAACUAUUUCUUCUACUGUAAAUGUGUAAUUCUUCACUCUUCUUUUUUUGUUUUAAUUUUUCGGUUAGCGCUCUCAGGACUUUUAACACACAAACGAAGGAAUGAUGGUCGCUAAGAGCUCUGUGGAUGUUGUUGCAGACGAUCUGAUGCUCUCAGGUCCUCUCUGCGGUCGUCCAAUCAGGUGGAGCUCUUUCACUUUGGGUUGCUUGAUUUUGAAUUUGCCCAACAGUCACCAUAUCACCCUGUUUUUUUUUUUUUUUUGAUAGGUCUUCUUUUUACUGUUUGAUUUCUUGCUAACAUGUUGCUUGUGUUGUGUGACGUGCUCGAUGGGAAGAAAAGGCAACCACCUUGCUUGUUACACCCCUUUUUUCUCCAUUUUACCAAUUUAAUUUAGCUGUAUCAAGAAUGAAUAACCACUAACUGAAGCGUAUGAUGAGGAGGAGGGAAAGUGAAGGUUGCUGUGGCUUAGUUUAGGAGUGAGUGUGGAAAUAAAAAUGAUUCAGUGGAUGUGUGUAAAAAAAAAAAAAAAAAAACAA